AUGUGUGCACAAAUAUUUAAUUCUUAUGAAUGUGUCUCAGCUAUGAGUUUAUUGGUAAUAACGCUCGCCAUACGGCAUGUCAGAAGGUUGUGUGUAGCGCUGCAUUACUAUGCUACAGGAUCAUUUCUUAGGGACGUAGGUCAGGAUUUUGUUUGCCCUAUAAGUAAGACCAUGGUAAGCCGCAUAGUGCAUCAAAUUGCAGAGAUUUUGCAAAAUCAUAUGGCGCAACGUUACAUCAUUUUUCCAACUAACUUAGAGCAACAGAAUAUUGCGAAGCAACGGUUCUUCACUGCUACUGGAUUUCCUGGCAUCUUAGGAGCGAUUGACUGCACUCACGUCAAAAUUAAGAAGCCACCACUUGCAGUAGAACACUUCUACAUUAAUCGAAAAGGAUAUUUUUCCAAAAAUGUGCAAUUAGUGUGCGACUUUGAUUUAAAUAUCCUGGCGUGCUUUGCAAGAUAUGGGGGAAGUGGGCACGACGCCUACAUAUGGGAAAGCAGUACACUAAAGUCCCAUAUGCUGAAUGAGUACACUGCGAAUGGGUCCACAGGAUGGUUGCUUGGAGAAUCUGGAUAUCCGUUGCAGCCGUGGCUAAUGACUCCAUUCAGAAAUGUAGAGAGUAUUAGCCAGCAAAGAUACAACGAUUCUCACGUACGAGCUCGAAAUUGUGUAGAACGCCUUAAUGGAGUUUUAAAAAAAAUUAUUUGGGUGCCUUUCCUAAGACCGUGGCCUAAUGGUGAACCCCUCAUUUGCAGGAUCAAUAAUUAAUGCAUGCUGUACGCUACGUAAUAUUCGAAAGAGAUAUAAUUUUCCGCUUCCUGAAGUUGAUCCACUUGAAAUUUCUCCGCAUGGAGACAAUGGUGCAUUACUUAACAUUUUAAAUGAAGGAAGAGCUAUACGAAAUACUAUUUUAAGAAACCACUUUUGUAGUUAAUUCACAUACAGUGGUGUUCAGAAAAAUAUG